AUGAUUUGGGUCGCGUUUCUCCCUUUUUUGGUUUCGUGCGCACGGGGCAACGGGACCGCCGAGCUGGUGCCGUUCUUUCACGGGCAUGUAUUUGAGAACUCGUCUCCGGGCUCACGGGUCAACGGACUGAGCGUCCCGUUAAAGCGGCUCCACUCGCAGAGGCUGUGCGGUAAUGAGGAAUUUGCGUCGCACUUUAAACUCCUGGGAGACGGCAGCGAGAAUUUCCGCGUUUUUGCGCACCACAAAAGGGGACACGUUUUGUUGAAGACCUCUGGAGUUCUGGACCGCGAGGAGCGGCCUGAAUACGCGCUGAGUCUCGGUUUGUGUUGCGGGGAAUGCGCGGGACUCUCCUGGGAAGUGGACGCGGAGUCUCCGGUUGUCACCGAGGUGGCGUCCAUCAAGGUGGACGUCCUGGACACCAACGACCAUCAGCCCACCUUCCCCGGUUCUGAUGUGAAGCUGAGCCUGGAUGAUGCCACUGCGCUCCGCACGGCCAUCUACACCGUCACCGCGCGGGACGGUGACAGCGGCAAGAACGCGGAGCUCAUCUACUUCGUUUUGCCCAAAAAUGGGAGUUUCUACGCGGUGCCUAAAACCGGAGACAUUCUCCUGGUGGACUCCAUCCUCGGUCUGGGUGAGCCGAUUAAGUUUGAAGUGUUUGCCCGGGACCGCGGGUGGCCGCCUCGCACGAGCCAGAGCGUAGCUGUUGAGAUCAGUCCACGGCAAUGGCCAGUGGCGCCGAACCCCAAAACGGCCAAACGGAAACUUACAUCUCAAAUUAAAGUGCCAGCGAGAAGGUCCAGAUCAGUGCUGGAAUCGGAAAGCCCCGUUUUCAUCAACGUGUCCGAGGACGCAGCGAUUGGUUCGGUGGUGAUGAACCUGGGCCCGGCGAGGUUUCAGUCUGCAGCGUUUGAGCUGGUGGAGCCCGACGUGGAGAGCUCCCCGGUCAGCGUGAGCCGGGACAGCGGGGAUAUUGUCAUAUCACGGAGGCUGGACCGGGAGACCGAGCCUCUGGUGGAGAUCACCGUCAACGUUCAGGAUAAAAGAGGUCCAGAGUGGUACUUGGUCCGAGUGGAGUUGACUGUGAUGGAUGUCAAUGAUAAUAUCCCAGAAUGGAGCAUGGUUCCUGCUCCUUACCUGGCUGUGGUUUCUCCUGAUGCCCCUGCGGGGGCGCUGGUCUACAAGCUCCAAGCUGAGGACGGGGAUGAAGGCAACAACGGCGAAGUGGAGUACUUCCUGUCUGACGGCGGCGAUGGUCGUUUUGAAGUGGACAGGAAGAACGGCCAGGUACGAACGACCGGCCUCCCCCUGCAGCGGGACAGGGAGUACCUGCUGACGGUGGUGGCGGCCGACCGGCUGGGCAGCCGCAGCGCCCCCGUCGUCGUGUCCGUGGUGGCCGGAGCUCGGCCGCCGCAGUUCACCAACGCGUCCUUCACCAUCGCCAUACCGGAAAACACGCCUGAAGGACAGUCCUUCCUGGUCACACCUGCCGUGUCCUUCCAGAAGAAACCAAUCGGCUACACCCUCCUCAUCAAUCCCAGCAGCCUCUUCUCCAUCUCAGCAGAGACCGGCGAAAUCAGCCUGACCCACCCUAUCGACUACGAGAGCGACCAGCACCGGUACCUGCUGCUGGUGCGAGCCAGCGAGGGCCUGGACAGCAUGAGCAGUGCAGUGGAGGUGCGAGUGGUUAUUGUUGAUGAAAACGACUGCGUUCCCGAGUUCCUCCAGUCCAUUUACAGCAAGGAUGGCGUACCGGAGACUGUGACGACAGCCACAUCCCUGCUGCAAGUGUCCGCCAAUGACUGUGACUCCGAAGAGAAUGCAGAGCUGACCUAUUACACCCUGAGUCCAGACUUCACCAUUUCCCCUCACGGGACCAUCUUCCCCGCAGGGCCUCUGGACUACGAGAGGCACAACCACCUGUACGAGUUUGUGGUGAUGGCGGUAGACAAGGGGGAGGUCCCUCGCACCGGCACAACUACCGUACGGAUUCGAAUGGCCAACGUCAACGACGAAGCGCCCGAGUUCUCCCAGCACAUAUAUCGGACCUUCGUCUCAGAGGACGCGGGACCCAACACACUCGUUGCCACGGUGCUGGCGAAGGACCCCGAUGGGGACGGGAUCACGUAUAAGAUCGCCACGGGAAACGAGGAGGGCAACUUUAUCAUUGACAGCCAAAAAGGUUUGAUCCGUCUGCGCUCCAGCCCGCCCCCGCACCUCCAGGGCGUGGAAUACGUCCUCAAUGUCACAGCGGUGGACGACAACGCCUCAGGCGGACCUCAGGCGUUGUCCUCCAUAGCCCAGGUCAUAGUGGGGGUGGACGACGUGAACAACAACAAGCCCGUCUUUGAGAAGUGUCAGCAGUACAGAGAGAGCACAUCAGUCCUGGAGAACCAGCCAGCGGGCACGUUCGUUCUGCAGGUUCACGCUGUGGAUGCUGACGAGGGCUCCAAUGGCAGGGUUACAUACGGCUUCAUGCACAAAGACUCCACUGUGCCCGCAUUCAGUAUCCACCCGGACACCGGAGUAAUUGUGACAGCCAGGAAAUUUGAUCGUGAACGCCAACGAGAGUACGCAGUGACGGUGACUGCCACUGACCAGGCAGCUGACCCGCUGAUUGGCAUUUGUCAGCUCAACAUCCUCAUCCUGGACCAUAACGACAACAGUCCCAAGUUUGAGAACAUCCGAUAUGAGUACUUCCUUCGCGAGGACACAAUGAUCGGGACCAGCUUCUUGCGGGUGGCGGCUCACGACGAUGACUUUGGCACCAACGCAGCCAUCACGUACUCAAUGUCCAGCGAACAGCCGGAGUAUCUCUGGGUCAACCCCCUGACGGGCUGGGUGUAUGUCAACCAGCCCAUUUCCCAGAGGACCUACAUCACCAGGGAAAUUAUGGCUACUGACGGUGGGAACAGGAGCAGUUCGGUGGAGCUGGCCGUCACCAUUACCAACGUGAAGAACCAGCCUCCACAGUGGGACGAAGACAGCUACAGCGUGGUCAUACCCGAAAACACCGUACGAGACACAGCCAUCGUGACCAUCAAAGCCACCUCCCCUCUUGGGGAUCCCAGGGUGACUUACAACCUGGAGGACGGCAUGGUGCCCGAGACCAACAUGCCAGUUCGCUUCUACUUGACCCCCAACCGAGAAGACGGCUCCGCCUCCAUCCUUGUGGCGGAGCCCCUGGACUACGAGACCACCAGGAACUUCAUGCUGCGGGUUCGAGCUCAAAAUGUCGCCGCUGUACCACUGGCGGCCUUCACCACGGUCUACAUCAAUGUCACGGAUGUAAAUGACAACGUCCCAUUUUUCACUUCCUCCAUCUACGAGGCCUCGGUCACUGAAGGGGCCGAAUCGGGAACUUUGGUUUUCCAGGUUUCAGCCAAUGACCUCGACUUGGGUCUCAAUGGCAAGAUCUCAUACUCCCUGCUGGAGGAUCGUAGUGGAGACCACCAGUACUUCCGCGUCGACCCAGAGCUGGGAUUCAUCUACUCGAAGGCUGUGUUUGACCGCGAGACCAAGAGCUCCUACCUGUUGGAGGUUCAGUCCAUGGAUGGCUGGGAGUCGGCGCGGCCCGGCAAACAUGGACAGCCCAACUCUGACACAGCGUAUGUUCGCGUUUUUAUCAGCGACGUGAACGACAACAAGCCAGCGUUCGCACAGGCGUCUUAUGAAGUUGAUGUCGACGAGGACGCUGACGUCGGCUUCGCCAUCCUCACCGUCAGUGCCAACGAUGGGGACGAAGGUGGAAACGCAAAGCUGCGCUACCAGAUCACAUCAGGGAACACGGGAGGGGUGUUUGAUGUGGAACCAGAGGUGGGCACUAUCUUCAUCGCCCAGCCUCUGGACUACGAACAGAACAAAAGGUACAAGCUUCAUGUCCUGGCUUCAGAUGGGAAGUGGGAGGAUUACGCAACGGUGUUGGUGAACGUGGUGAACAAGAAUGACGAGGCGCCGGUGUUCACCGUUAACGAGUACUACGGCAGCGUGACGGAGGAGCUGGAUGGCUCUCCGGUGUUUGUGUUACAGGUGACGGCGUCUGACCCGGAUAAGGAUGCUGACCAGGAGGCCCUGCGUUACUCUCUCCACGGCCAAGGUGCCGAGAGUGAAUUCAUAAUUGAUGAGGUCACGGGCAAGAUCUACGCCCAGCGGACCCUGGACCGCGAGGAGCGCGCCGUGUGGCGUUUUGUCGUCUUGGCCACGGACGAGGGCGGCGAAGGUCUGACGGGCUUCACCGAUAUCAUCAUCAAUGUCUGGGACAUCAAUGACAAUGCGCCCGUCUUCACCUGUGCCCCCAGCUGCUACGGAGACGUUGCCGAGAACUCGGUCGUGGGGACGUCUGUAAUGGAGAUGACAGCCACCGACCUGGAUGACUCGGCUGUGGGGCAGAACGCCGUGCUCUCUUACAGGAUUAUGGGUAGUUUAGAUUCCACUAACAUCGAGGUGGGAGUAGUGCCUACCUUCUCGGAAAUGUUCACUAUCAACCCCACCACAGGGACCAUCUCUGUGGCCAUGGACGGUCUGGACCGGGAGCAGGUUGAGUCUUACCUCCUGGUUGUGGAGGCCAGAGAUGGGGGAGGGAUGACGGGAACGGGAACUGCGACCAUACAAAUUAAGGAUGUGAACGAUCAUGCUCCAAGAUUCACUGAUCACUCCUGCCUGGCAAGGAUCUCUGAGAAUGCAGAGCCCAAUGCAGAGGUCCUGGAGCUCAUGGCAGAGGACAGAGACACUGGAGAAAAUGCCCAGCUGACCUUUAGUGUUGUGGCUGGAGACCAAGAGCAGAAGUUCUAUAUGGUCAGUCACAAGCAGGAGCAGCGCGGCACCCUGAGGCUGAAGAAACGUCUGGACUAUGAACGACACAUCGAUCAGAGGUUUAACCUCACACUGAAGGUUGAGGACCUGGACUUCUCCAGCCUUCUGCACUGUGUGGUGGAGGUGGAGGACUAUAACGACCAUGCUCCUGUCUUCAUUCCACACCUCCUGGCUCUCGCCCCACUACCUGAAGACAUCAACGUGGGAACCAGUGUGGCACGUUUGGUGGCCAGUGACUCCGAUUCAGGCCAGAACCGCGACAUCACCUAUAGCCUUACGGAGGACUCCGAUCCCGAUGGGCUGUUCACCAUUGACCAGUCUGGUGUACUCUCUGUGGCUCGGCUUCUAGAUCGGGAGAGGAUAUCGCAGCAUUACCUGGUUGUCAUAGCGACUGAUCAUGGGGUUCCACCUCUAACAGGCAGCGCCACAGUCCAGCUGCCGCUGUUGGAUGUAAAUGAUAACGGACCGGAGUUUGAGGCAGCAUACACCCCAAUUGUCUUUGAGAAUGUGGCCGGACCUCAGGUGGUAAGGUUAAACCAAACAUCAACCCUCCUCCGAGCUGUGGACCGGGACGCUCCAGAGAAUGGCCCGCCCUUCCACUUCACCGUCACCUCCGAGUAUCGCCACAGCAACGAUUUCUACCUCCAGGACAACCUAAAUGGCACGGCGACACUCACAGCCCUGAGGACCUUUGACCGCGAGCGGCAGAAAGAGUUCCUCAUUCCCAUUAUCAUGAGCGACAGCGGCCAUCCAGCCAAAACGGUGACCAGCACCCUGACAGUGACCAUCGGCGACCAAAACGACCACGCACAUGUGGCGGGGGAGAAGACAAUUUUCAUCAAUAGUCACAGAGGCCGUAUGCCAACGACGGUGCUGGGAAAGGUCUAUUCUCCUGACCCUGAUGACUGGGACAACAAGACGUACGUCUUUGAAGGACACGUGCCAAGUUACUUCAUCCUAAACAAGCGAACAGGCUUCCUGAUCAUUAAAGAAAACGCCCCACCCGACAUCUAUCAGUUCCAGGUCCGUGUGUCCGAUGGAGUGUGGCCAGACGCCGUCUCUACUGUCACCGUGCACGUGAGGGAGCUGCGUGACGAGGCCAUCUACAACUCGGGGUCUCUCCGCCUGGCAGACAUCACAGCAAAGGAGUUCAUUGAACUCAGAGGAAAGCAGCGGAGCCGCUACGAGCUGCUGGUGGACUUCCUGUCCGAGAUGCUCUCCCUUCCACCCGACGAUGUGAACAUCUUCAGCCUCAUGGAUGUGAAGGAGCGAAUGCUGGAUGUCCGCUUCGCCGUGCACGGUGGGCCCUCCUUCCUCCAGCCCGAGAAAAUCCACGGUUAUGUGGCCGCCCACAAACAAAAGCUGCAGUCGUUCAUGCAGGUCAGCGUGUCCCAGGUGCGGGUGGACGAGUGUCCGAGCUCAGAGUGUGCCGGGGCCGGCGGCUGCACCAACGUUCUGAACGUGCGGGACACGCCCACGGUCGUGGAUUGCGGGACCAUGAGUCUCGUGUCGGUGACGGUGGAGUCCACCGCCGUGUGCUCCUGCCCGGGUAGAGAGCAGUCCCAUCAGCCCUGCACCGCGUAUCCCAGAAACCCCUGCUUCAACGGCGGCGUGUGCGUGGACACUCAGCAUGGCUACAGGUGCCAAUGCCCGGCUCAGUUCGAAGAGCCCGAGUGCCAGCAGAACAAGCACAGUUUCCAAGGCAACGGCUAUGCCUGGUUUCCUCCCAUGAUGCCUUGUUUUGAGAGCCACGUGUCGCUGGAGUUCAUCACGGACGUGGCUGAUGGACUGCUGCUGUACAGCGGACCCUUGGCCCAGCUGCAGGCCUGGGACCACGAGGACUUCAUGGCAAUAGAGCUAAUAGAUGGGACCCCCACCUUGAAAAUCAACCAUGGCUCUGGCACAGUGGUGCUACAGUUGCCAGGCAACGUGAACGUGGCAGACAGACGGUGGCAUCGGCUGGAUGUCCGCAGCAACAGCAAGGAAGUGCGUUUCACCCUGGAUCGCUGCUCGGGGGCGGCGGUGAUGGAAAUGGAAGGCCUCGGCAGCUGGCUGACCACCGAGGACCACUCCUCCUGUGAGGUGACGGGCGUUACACCCAACACCGACAGACACCUGAACAUGAGCCAGGUGCUCCAGCUGGGCGGUGUGAACGAGGACAUCCCCUACGUCUACCCUCAGCUUCAGCACAAGCACUUCACCGGCUGCAUCCGCGACCUCAUCGUGGACAGCAAGCUGUAUGAUUUGGGCUCCCCGGCCGACUCGCAAUCCAGCUCUCCGGGCUGCCUGACCACCGACAGCAGCUGCGUCAACAUGGGCUACCCGUCCUGCGGCCACCGGGGUCGCUGUCAUGGCGAGUGGGGCUCUUUCAGCUGCCAGUGUGUGCAGGGAUACACAGGACACCAGUGUGAAGAGGAGGCCCCGGAGUAUUCCUUUGAUGGCCACAGUCACGCGCAUUACCAGCUGGCGUCCCCGCUGCCGGCCCGGAGGACGUGGGUUCAGGUCCUGCUUCGUACCCGCAAACACAGCAGCACCAUCCUGAAUCUCAUCUCGAAGGAGCUGAGUGAAUAUAUACGACUAGAGAUCUUCCAGGGCCUCCUCUGCGUUUUCUACAACCUCGGAGACGGGGACUACAACCUGACCCUGCCCACCUAUCGCCUCGACAACGGCGAAUGGCACGAGGUCUUCCUCGAUCGGCACGACAACGAGAUGAUUCUGCGACUGGACGGCGGCGGGGGUCAGCGGGAGGUCACCGGGUCGCGGGGCCGAAGCCGAGAAAUCAUCAUUGACCCCACUGUGGUGAUGCUGGGGAACACCUUCCCCUCUGGAAUCAACAAGAGCUUCCAGGGCUGCAUGAGGGACGUACGCCUCAACGGUCGCUACAUGCCUCUGGACAGCCAGCCGCGAGAUGGGGUUUCUCAGGUCAGCAUACAAGGCCUCUCCCCUGGGUGCUCGUCUGACUCCUGCAAAAGGAACCAGUGUAGCGCCCCCUUCACCUGCGUUGACUUGUGGAGAGUGCACGAAUGCAGAUGUCCUCCUGGCCACAUGAUCCGCGUGAACGGGACGAGAAAGUCCUGUGUCUACACCCUCUGUGCUACCCGGCCUUGUCACCAGGGGACCUGUGUGGCGCAGUCACCCUCCAAAUUCACCUGCCACUGCCCGCAGGGUUACAGAGGACGCCACUGCGAGACAACGCUGGCCAUCUAUCGGGAGGACGUGGGCCUGAGCUUCAGCUCCCUGUUUGCCAUCUGUAUCUGCUUCAUGGCCCUGCUAGUGCUGCUGCUGGGCAUUUUCCUCUACACUCGCUGGAGGAGCUACAAAGGGCUGAAGGAGGGCGUUUACCACGUCUCAGCCCACCACGACGGCUGGGAGGACAUCCGAGAGAACGUCCUCAACUAUGACGAGGAGGGCGGCGGGGAGGAGGACCAGAAUGCCUAUGACAUGGCGGAGCUGCAGAAGUCUCUCCAGCCGAGCCCGGCCCAGUCGGUCCAGUACUGCCGCUCCAGAGCCCUGCACCACCCUCCCCCACACCUCCACCAUCACCACCACCACCUCCUCCACCAGGCGCCACCAGCCCCGCCCGCGGCUCAGCCGCUAGACCCCCUUAGCCGGACAUCCAGCUCCACCACGCUGCCCCCCUCGGCAGCCUCCACCUCCUCCACCGCCACCACCACCAGCCUCCGCAGGGAUGUGCCCCCCACCAGGCUGCCGGCCCAGGGCCAGGCCCGCCCCUCCCAGCUGGCGCGGCGCUCCCUGUCCUUCUCCAGCCAGGACCUUGCGCGCUACCUGUGCGAGAUCAUCCGCGACGCCGACCAGCACCCGGACACGGGGCCCUUCGACUCCCUGCAGGUGUUUUCCACCGAGGGAGGGGGGUCGCCCGCCGGCUCCCUCAGCUCCUUCAGCUCAGCGGGGCUGGACGGAGGGAGUUGCGGGGAUGGGGUAGGUGGGGGGGAGGGGAGCAGGGAGGAGACGCUCGGGGAGUGGGGGCCCCGCUUUGAGAAGCUGCGGGCGCUGUACGAGCAGGCCGAGGCCAGCGACCUCUGA